AUGAACUACACUCGUCUUCGCAUCACCAUGCCGUCGAUUUGUUAUGAACUAAAAAAUUCUUUUUGUUCAGCAAGUGCAAUGAUAGUCUUCAUGCUAAGAAUACAUUUUUGUACGGCGGAGGCUGAUCACGUAUUAAAAACACAGAUAGGUGGUGCCAGUAGCCAACUAUCAGAGAAAGACAUAUUCCGUUCAGAAUUGCCUAUUCCCAUUAAACUGAGCUAUGACAAUCAACAAAUAUAUAAUAAUAAUAGGCUUCCGAUUGUAAAAUUAGAAACUGAGAACAUGCUCAAGAACACAUUUUACCAAGAUUAUGAUGAGCCUUCUACUGACCUCGCUCUGAAAAGGUUUUGGGGAAAGUGGAGAAGAAGGAAAACGUCUACAAGGCCCCCAACAAGCGUAUCUUCGGAUCCAGCAUCAACAGUACCUCCAACAACAUCCACCGCCAUACCGACAUCAACAGAAUCCCCAACCACAUCUACUGCCCUACCGACAUCAACUGGAGCGCCAACAACAUCUACUGCAUUACCGACAUCAACUGAGAUGGUAACCACAUCCACAGCGAUUCCAACGGCGACUCCCUCAACUCAAUCUCCAACUACAUCCACUGCUAUACCAACAUCAACUGAGACGCCAACAACAUCCACCGCGAUCCCGUCAUCUACAACAACCACGACACAGUCUUCAACAACAUCCACAGCGAUUCCAACGUCUAUAACAACCACAACUGAGUCAUCGACAACAUCAACAGCGAUUCCAACGUCUACAACAUCCCCAACACAGUCUCCCACAACUUCCACAGCAAUUCCAACGUCGACGACAACCGCAACACAGUCACCAACAACAUCAACAGCAAUUCCAACGUCUACAGGAAGCACAACACAGUCUUCAACAACAUCCACAGCGAUUCCAACGUCUAUACCAACCACAACUGAGUCAUCGACAACAUCAACAGGGAUUCCAACGUCUACAAAAUCCACAACACAGUCUCCCACAACUUCCACAGCAAUUCCAACGUCUACAACAUCCACAACACAGUCUCCCACAACUUCCACAGCAAUUCCAACGUCGACGACAACCACAACACAGUCUUCAACAACAUCCACAGCGAUUCCAACGUCUAUAACAACCACAACUGAGUCAUCGACCACAUCAACAGCGAUUCCAACGUCUCCAACAUCCACAACACAGUCUCCCACAACUUCCACUGCAAUUCCAACGUCGACGACAACCACAACACAGUCUCCACCAACAUCAACAGCAAUUCCAACGUCUACAGGAAGCACAACACAGUCUACAACAACAUCCACAGCGAUUCCAACGUCUAUAACAACCACAACUGAGUCAUCGACAACAUCAACAGCGAUUCCAACGUCUACAACAUCCACAACACAGUCUUCCACAACUUCCACAGCAAUUCCAACGUCGACGACAACCACAACACAGUCUCCAACAACUUCAACAGCGAUUCCAACGUCUACAGGAAGCACAACACAGUCUUCAACAACAUCCACAGCGAUUCCAACGGCUUUAACAACCACUACUGAGUCAUCGACAACAUCAACAGCGAUUCCAACGUCUACAACAUCCACAACACAGUCUUCCACAACUUCCACAGCAAUUCCAACGUCGACGACAACCACAACACAGUCUCCAACAACUUCAACAGCGAUUCCAACGUCUACAGGAAGCACAACACAGUCUUCAACAACAUCCACAGCGAUUCCAACGGCUUUAACAACCACUACUGAGUCAUCGACAACAUCAACAGCGAUUCCAACGUCUACAACAUCCACAACACAGUCUCCCACAGCUUCCACAGCAAUUCCAACGUCGACGACAACCACAACACAGUCUCCAACAACUUCAACAGCGAUUCCAACGUCUACAGGAAGCACACCACACACAACACAGUCUUCAACAACAUCAACAGCAAUUCCAACGUCUAUAACAACCACAACUGAGUCAUCGACAACAUCAACAGCGAUUCCAGCCUCUACAACAUCCACAACACAGUCUCCCACAACUUCCACAGCAAUUCCAACGUCGACGACUACCACAACACAGUCAUCAACAACUUCAACAGCAAUUAGUCCUAUAUUAUAA